AUGUUUCGCAAUCAAUACGAUCAGGACAUGUUGACCUGGAGUCCUCAAGGGCGUUUGCACCAGGUGGAAUAUGCGAUGGAAGCCGUUAAACAAGGCAGUACUGUCGUAGCGUGUGGGAAUCAAAACUGUGUUGUGUUAGCUGCUUUGAAACGUAAACAGUCAAAGUUGUCGUCAAUGCAAGGAAAAUUGUUUGGCGUGAAUGAGCGAGUUGGAGUUGCUGUAUCCGGACUUUCAACUGAUAGUGCAACAUUAGUGAAGUUGCUGCGCGAGGAGAGUGUCCGCGAGGAGUUUGUCUUUGGGCGCGUUGCAAGCCCAAGCAAGCUCGCUUCGUUAGUUUCGAAAUCAUUGCAGAUUUCAACACGCGAAUCUGCCGGGCGCCCAUGCGGCGUUGGCCUCGUUAUAGUCGGCUCGAGUGAAGAUACCGGGUGCCAGAUCUUGCAAACAUGUCCGAGUGGAGACGUCUGCCAAAUGUGGUGCACGGCUAUUGGAGCGAGAUCUCAGUCAGCAAGAACUCACUUGGAGAAACACCUGGAUGAGCUUAAAGUAGCCACUGUCAACAAGGUAAUACAUAUCGCUCUGCGAGCACUGAGCGAAUCAAACGUGGACUCCGAAGAGUUGACCUCGGAGGCAUGCGAGUUGGCCACAGUGGAAUCAAAUCUAUAUGUUUCGAAAAGCCCUGAAGAAGUACAAGUUUACUUAGACCAACUCUAG